AUGGCGCCUGGACUCAAUUAUUGCUCAGGUCCUUUCCGGAUAGAAAAUUCUGAGUUCUUCAAGAUCGCCAGCUUCCCAGCCCUCCGGGGCCCCGGCCGCCAGGCGCGUGCCCACGCCGCGUCCCCCUCGCCGCCCCUCGCGGCGGCCGAGGAAUCCGGCCCGGGGCCCGUCGCCGGCGCCCCCCCCGGCCGGCCCCCGCCCGCCCGCCCGCCGCGGCCCGCACGCGGCACCUCCGCCCCGGCGCGGCCUGGGCCUCGGCCGGUGCAGGCCCGCGGGAGCCCGCGGCCCGGUCAGGCGAGCUCAGGCCUGCCGCGGCCUACCCCAUCGGGCGCCGCCGAGGGCCCCCGCCUCACCUGGACGCGGGCGGGCGGGCCCGGGGCUGCUCCGGGGCGGGCGGGCGGCGGCGGCGGCUCGGCGCUAACGGCUCCGCUCGGCCUCGGUAGCGGUGGCGGCGGCGGCGGCGACGGCGACGGCGGCGGCGGCUCCUCCUCAGCGCGCACGACCCGCUCCGGCCCGCGGCCCGGACACGCCCCCCCGGCGCGCGCGCCCAUUGGCCGGCGCCCGCCACGGCGCGCUUCUCAUUGGCUGGCGUGGCUGUCGCGGCGCCCCGGGGCGCGCGGCGGAGGCGGGACUUCCGGCCGGCGCCGCCUGCGGAGGGCUCGGCAGCCGGCGGAGACGCGGGUGGCCGGCGAUGGCCGCGGAGGGGGCCGGCGGGGGCCGGGCCCACGGAGGCCGGCGGAAGGCGGUGGCCGAAGAGCCGCGUCCCUGGUCGAGCGCAUGCCGUGCGUCCCGCGCCCGUCCGUCUCGCCGCCGCCGCCGUCACCGCCCUGCAAGAAUCCCAUCCAGGAUGCCACAUUACACUUGGCCGUCCAGUCUCUUGUAUUUAUUUGUUUUUUCGAGUUAUUAAGUGACGUGUAACAUUGUAUUUGUUUUAGGUGCGGAACAUAAUGAUUGGAUAUAUUAUGUAUUGCAAAAUGAUUACCAUCCUAAGUUCAGUUAACAUCCGUCACCAAACAUAGUUGCCUUUCUUUUUCUUGUGAUGAAAACUUUCGAGAUCUAUCCUCUUGGCUGACCUCUCUCUCGGCUCGUCUUGGCUGUGCCAGAUUCUCAGCCUUCCCUUGUUCUUGAUGUUCAUGACGGUUUGGAGGAGGACUGGCCACAUAUUUUGUAGGAUGUCCCUCUCUAGGAAUUCGUCUGGUGUUUUUCUCCUGCUGAGACUGGCGUGAUGGUUUUGGGGGAGAGAGACCAAAGAGGUGACAUGUCAUUCUCAUGACGUCAUAUCAAGGAUGCGUACUGUCCACGUGAUGCGUGCCUGUCGCUGUUGGCCUUGAUCCCCCCGCUGAGAUAGUGUCUGUCAGGUUUCUCCACUAUAAAGUUACUCCCCCGCUCUCGGUGUUGUAUACUUUGGAAGAAAGUUGCACAAACAUAAAGAGUAGGGGUGUAUGUUUCCCCUCCUGAAGGGUGGAUAGCUACAUAAAUUAUUUGGAAUCCUUCUGUGUGGAAGGUGUAUCUCUUUUCCCCAUUUAUUAGUUUAUCUAAUCAUUUAGAUAUAUCAAUAUGGCCUGCUGGGUAAUAAUUUUAUACUCUGGGUUAAAACCCAAUACUGCUUUAUUUUCUCACUCAAGUUGUUCCAGCGUUGGCCACUGGGGGCUCUUUCACUUGGCUCCUGUAGAUCUUUGACACGCUCCCAUGUGUGUGUUGUGUUGUUUUGUUGGUUUUCUUUGGAGCGCUUCCUUGCUUUCUGGCACGACACGAUGCUCCAUUCUCAUCCUGUGUGUUUCUUGCCCCAGUCCUAGAAUCAGCCAUUCCUCCAAGCCUGGUUCCUUUCACUGGAGAAUGAUGUUAGAACCCAAGAUCUGGGUGCUCAGAGUGUUGAUUGCCACUAGAGUGUCGUUUCUUUUAGAUCAUCAACACUUUUUUUUUUUUGGUGAGGAAGAUUCACCUUGAGCUAACAUCUGUGCCAGUCUUCCCCCAUUUUGUAUGUGGCUCGCCACCACAGUAUGACUUGAUGAGUGGUGUAGGUCCAUGCCUGGGAUCCGAACCCAUGAAUCCAGAUUGCUGAAGCGGAGCAUGCUGGGCUUAACCACUAUGCCACUGGGCCAGCCCCCAUCAAUACUUUUUAAUCACCCACAAUGCACCCGGUUCAGGAGCUCAGCCCUGGGGAUAUGACAAUGACUAUGUGAGAUGUGGCAUCUGCCGUUGUGGGACUCAAGUCAACUUGUGGGGACAGGCUGAAGAGGGCAGCUCCACCACUGACUGGCUGUGUGACCUUGGGUGAGUUAUUUAAUCUCUGAGCUUCAGCCUUCCCAUCCGUGAAGUGGGGGUGAUUAUAAUACUUCAUGAGGGCACUGUGAGAAUUCAGAGAAAUCACCCACUUUUAGAAUCUCUGAAAGAGAGCCUGGCAUAAAGUGCUUAUUAAGUUUUCUUCUUAGUAAUAGUAAUAAGAUCUCACAAAUAAUUACAAUCUGCAGAGGUUCAGAGUACCAGCAAAGCAUGUAACAGGAGAACCUGACUUCAUUUCAAGGUGGCCAGGGAAGGCUUCCCAAGUCAGUGGUGUUAUGGCUGAGGCAGGAAGAGUAAGUCACCAGGCAAAGGAGGGCAGAAUGUUUCGGCAGGAAGAACAGCAAGUGCAAAGGCCCUGAGGCCGGCAGAAGCCCAGCACACUUAGGAACUGAGAAAAGGCUGGUGGUGGAGACAUGGGCCAGACAGGAGACUAGGGGGAUUGGAAGGGGCAGGCCACACAGGGCCUGGCUGGCCGUGAUGAAUUGAGACCCGAUCCUAAGAGAAAGGGGGGUGACUUGUCUGAGUACACAUGUCUAGUAAGGACAGAGCUGGGAUUUGAACUCAGGGCUGCUUAGUCUCAGAGCUCUUUAUUUCCCUGGUCUGAGUUUGAGAUAGGAGGUUCUUGUGUGUUGUUUUUUUUGCGAAGAAGCAUAGUUUGGGUUCUUACGGGUCAGAAUCAGAGUACACCCCAGCCACCGAAGUUCCAGGUUGUUCUUGCCAUCCCCCACACACAAGCUCUGAGGGUCUAUGAGGGGAGGAGAUGCCAGGACGGCCCAGCAUGAGCCCUGCUGUUGAGGACAUCACUGCCCCAAGGGAGAGAAGGACACGCAGACACAGAAAUUCAAGCGGAGUGACAAGGGAUGGGCCCAGAGCACCGCUUCUCGUGGAGGGCAUGCCCGAGCCGGAGGACGGUGGGAGUGAGAGUCUGCCAGCCAGAGGAGGUGGAGGUGGGGCUUCCAGACAGAGGGACCACCGGAGCAGAGGCCUGGAUUUGUCCCCGAGGGCCGUUCAGGGAGCAGAAAGCUGCGGGAAGUGCUGAAUGCGGGUUGUGAGGGAAGAGGACCAGGAGAUGGGACUGGAGCCCCAAAAGGGCCCUGGAGAGUCAGGCCGAGAAGGUGGGACUCUGUCCCAGAGACCAGGAGCCGGCAAACCACAGCCCGAGUUGGCCCACGCCUGUUUUUGCACAGCCUGUGGCUACAAAUGACUCGUACAUCUUUAAAGGGUUGGAAAAAAACGAAAGAAGCAUAGUAUUUUGUGACGCGAGAAAAUUACACGAAACGCAAUUUCAGCGUCCAUCAAGUCUGAUAAUAACACAACCACGCCUGUCAUCCGCAUGUUGCCUGUGCUGCUUCCAAGGGACAACGUCAGAGGCAGGUUUGCUUAGGCAGGGCCUCCUUCAUGGCUGUGCAAACCGUGUAGUCACACAGGGCCCCGCGCUCCUACUGUCACCGCUCUGAAAUUCUUAAUAAUCUAGAAAUGAGGGACCCCGCGUUUUUAUCUUGCGCUGAGGUCUGAAAAUUACGUAGCUGAUCUUGGCGACAGAAUCGUAUGGCCCACAAAGCCUAAAAUCUUCGCUAUCAGGACCUCUUCAGAAAGAGUGUGCUGGUCCCGCUGUGCUGGGCAGAAUAACCACCCCCGAAGAUGUCCAUGUCCUAAUCUAGAACCCGUGACUCUGUUACCUUACCUGGCAAAAGGGCCUUGGCAAAUCAGAUGAAGCUGCAGAUCUGGAGACGGGGAGAUGAUCCUGGAUUAUCUGUGUGAGACCAAUAUCGGCAUAAGAGGGAGGCAGGAGGGUCGGAAUCAGAGAAGAUGUGACAACGGAAGCAGAGGUCAGUGAUGUCGUUGCUGGCUUUGAAGAUGGAGGAAGGGGCCACAAGCCAAGGAAUGCAGACGGCCUCUAGAAGCCGGAAAAGCCCGGGAAACGGAUUUUCCCCCAGCUCCUCCAGGAGGACCGCGGUCCUGUCUACACCUAGAUUUUAGCCUGGUAAGACCCAUUUCAGUCUUCUGACCCCCAGGACCGUAGGAUAAUAAAUGUGUGUUGUUUCAAGCUGC